UGUGACCAAAAGUUGUCAUUUUUCCCAAAGCUGCUGAGAAGGAACCCUGACCGCCGCCUUGGUUCCAGUGAGAGGGACGCAGAAGAUGUGAAAAAACAGGCUUUCUUCAGGGUAAUGGGCCAGCACCAUAUCUGGGGCUUAUUGAUAGUCUGUUGUGUGUGGGUGCCGCAGUGCCAUCAAUAGGGGACAGGGCAAGAUGGCAGGCUUUGUAGAAAUUCAAGAAGUCCAGGCUUCAUUUCUUGUGUCAUUCACCCCAAUUUGAAAAGCAAAUCUUUGCCAUCACCCAUUUCCUAUUGGCCGGCAGUGUGGCCCUGGUGUUUGUCAAUGUCAUCCAUGCCAUGUUAACCUUGAUCUUAUUUCUCCCCCUCCAACCCUUGCGCCACCGUUUCCUGUUACAGCUCAUGAGAAGAAACCCCGACAAGCGUCUGGGUGCGAGUGAGCGUGACGCCGAAGACGUCAAACGCCAGACAUUCUUCCGGGUAACUUUGGAACGGCCUGUGGGGUGCCGGGGCUGUAUAUCCCAGCCGCACCCACAAGCCUGUUGUGCUCAAGCCAUUAUGUUGCAUUAGUGGCAUGAGCUAUGUAUAACACAUAGAUUUGUAGGAAUGCUUGCAGUGGAACUUUCUUAUAACUUUUAAUCAUGAGGUCCAAACUGUAUUCUUUUCUUUAAACUAUUAAACAUCCAAAACUAGUGCAGUAUUUAGAUUAUGCAAGGGAUGGAUAUUGAAAAUGCCUGAAAUCAGCAUGAUAUCUACUGGGUAUUUAGGAACGCAAUAUGGACAGUGUAUUUAAUGACAUAUUAUGGACUGUUUAGUUAGUGAGAUAUUAUGGACUGGGUAUUAAGUGACAUUAUGUGGACAUGGUAUGUGGUAAAACAAUUUGGUCUAGGUAGUUAGUGACAAUAUGUACUGGGUAUUUAAUGACACAAUAUGGACUGGGUAUUUGGUGACACAAUAUGGACUGGGUAUUUGGUGACACAAUAUGGACUGGGUAUUUCAUGACACAAUAUGGACUGGGUAUUUGGUGACACAAUUGUACUGGUUAUUUAAUGACAUAAUGUUGACUGGGUAUUUGGUGACACAAUUGUACUGGUUAUUUAAUGACAUAAUGUUGACUGGGUAUUUAGUGGGUAUUUAGUGACAUAAUAUGGACUGUUUAUUUAGUGACAUAAAAUGGACUGUUUAUUUAGUGACAUAAUAUGGACUGGGUAUUAAGUGACAUAAUGUGGACAUUGUAUGUGGUAAAACAAUUUGGUCUAGGUAUUUAGUGACACAAUAUCUACUGGGUAUUUGAUAACAUAAUCAGUACUGGGUAUUUAGUGACAUAAUAUGGACUGAUUAUUUAGUGACAUAAUGUGGACUGGAUAUUUAGUAAUACAGUAUGGGUAUUUAGUGACAUACUAUUUACUUGUUAUUUAAUAACAUAACAUGGACUAAGUAUUUAGUGUCAUACUAUAGACUGGGUAUUUAGUGACACAAUAUGGACUGGGUCUCUUGUGACCAAAUAUAGAAAGUCCACUUUCUAGUCCAGCAAUGGUAAUCAAUACAUGAAUGUGGCAUUCAUUGGAAGCUACUAGUCUCUCUAUAGUUGCCAUGCAUGUUUCUGUGUCCCAGAUACACGGGGCCACUAAACUACUUUUCUUACUUAUUAUAAUAAAAAAAUAUAUAUUUUUUUUUUAAAAACUAUUCAUUUAUCUUUUUUAUUAACUAAUUCUCUUAGGACUUACCAAGAGAUGCCUUUUGUUCAAUCUGCAGUUCUUUAAUUGAUUUGGUUAGAGUUGUACUAAAAACUGCCACUAGACCAUCUGAUCCUAUCAAUAUAGAUGUUCAAAGUUGGCCAGAUGUUGCCAGUAGAAUUGCCUUGUUUUGUGUCUACUAGAUGGAAUGUUAGAUUGCACCAUGACAAUAUUUACAUUUUUAGCCUAGGGUUCUAGUAUAAUUUCCAGCAGAACUUCUUGAUAUUCAUUUCAACACAUUUUUUUUUUUUAAAGAUUCUUGCCAUUUAAUCCCUGUAAAACCAUUUUUCCUUUCAACCCAUUCUAUCACACACAAAGCCCAAAUAUGUUUUAAAAACAACUUCUAUCCACAUGAAUUUUUAUAAGAUUAUAAAUACUUACUCAAUAACUUAUGCAGGCAUCUGUAGUACUAUAGCUAGCGUCAUUAACCAAGGAAUUAUGUCUAAUUACAUCUAAAUUGCCAUCCAAGUCAUCAUCUGAGUUCAUUUUGAACAAAAUUGCAAUUGACCGGGGUAAAAAAAGAAAAAAAUUAAAUUUUAAGGAAAGUUAUUCUUUAAACCAGCAUUUACCAUUCAAAGUUGGGAUCUCUCCAUUUAUGAAUGAAUCAAACAUUAGGAUGGUGCACAACAUUAUGAUGGUGCACAACAUAGGAUGGUGCACAACAAAAGGGAAUUGAUCAAAUUUUCCUUGUUGCUAUAUCAUAUGGACACUGUUAGGCCUCGUCCGGAUGAUUGUAAAGUGUUACAACAAUCUAAAAUUUUUAAAAAAUGUUCCAAAUAAAAAACCAUAUGAUUAAAGUUAUAAACAAGUUCCCAUUAAGAUCAACUGAAUAAAGUCGUAAAAGUUUCCAUUCAAAUCACUUAAUCAGGCAACUCUAAAGUAAAAUGCGGACCUUCCCCCCCCCCCCCUUCCCCAACCCCAGUUCCCCCCACCCCUAAAGUCGUAAAAGUUUCCCAUCCAAUCCCUUAAUCCGGCCACCCCAAAGUAAAAUGCGGGCCCUCCCCCCCCCCCCCCUUUCCCAACCUCAGUUCACCCCAGCCCUCCCAAUGACACAGUUAACAAUUUAUUAUCUGCUGCAUGACUUUGUCUUCUUAUUGUCUGGGUUUACUUGGACAUUAAUUUGUUUCUUUUCAACUAUCUUUUUUUUUUGUUUUUUUGUUUGUUACAUCAUCUAGCAGUUUGCUGCAUUCAUUUGUUAUUAAUUCAGUUUAGUUGUGUUAUGAAACACAUUUUUUGUCAUUGAUAAAAAAUGUGUCAGGGGUUCUGUACCAUUUUUUAAAAAAAAAUGUGUGUAGAGAAAAGGGAAGGAAUGGGAACUCUUUGCUUUUCUGCUGUCUCUUACAUAAUUCUAUAGCAGUUUGAACAAAAUUCUGUAUUUGUAGCUUUGAUGUAACCUAGAGUUUCACUGUAGAUUCAUAGAAGCAUCAUAUGUUAGAGGAUAUGGAUUAUAGGACUUAAGAUAAUAUUGUCUGCGUAUUUACUUGUUAAUUGACCCUCUUGAGACAGAGCCUUUUUUGGACUGUCUGUGCCAAGAAAAUGGAGCCCUUUUUACCAGCACUGCAUUUUCAUAGCAAAAAAUGAUAUUAAUUUAAAACAAACUAAUUACUUGACAAAUGUAAAACCAUCUUAUAUUCUUGUAGGGAAGUGAAUGAGCUAAAAUGAUCUUGGUGAAUCAAACGGAGAUCUCAACAUUCAUGCAAAGGAGAAAGCCUGGUUGGCAGAACUUUUUCAUGCCAUUUAUUUUAACACUUGGAUAAACAUGCCUUUCUUGCAGAAUUUUGUUGAAUUUUCUGAUGAUUGGAGCCUAAAUAACUCCUAACAAAAAUUUGAAUGAGUGCUAAUGGGAAAAACUGAAUAAAAUAUUCCAUUCGGGCUACUUAAGCCUUUCGAGGUCAAAUUUUUAAAGCAUUUCAUAGGCGUCAUUAGGAGCCACAGAAAAUUGCUUCAGAAUAAACAUAACGCCUUGAUCUAUGGAAGCCACCAUCAACAUGGCCAGGUGAACAAGAAAUGUGAGAAGCAAUCUGAUUAGCUGGUACAAAGACCAGCCAGCCAAACUUGAGGCUUGUAUUAUUGGGCAGAUUGGUCAGCCAUCCAUAUUUUUUUGCCUUUCGACUCUGGGCUGAAAGAUCUGUCAGGCUGUCUCAAGGGGGUCAAGAGGCUUUCUGGCUAUUGCUCCACUGUUAUUUAUUUUGUGUGUGUUGAGUAAGUUGAAUGAGCUUCUGUGGGUUCUCACCAGCAGACAUAGAUCAUUAGCAUGCACAACACCCAUCUAGAUAACUUUGAAAUGUCAGUCUCUCUUUUAAAAUACAAUGGAGUAAUGUCGUCUAUGUCCUAGGUUGAAAUAGAAAUAGAGUAUGCUAAAACUUGUAGAUUAUUGUUAUCGGUUUUGACCUUGUUAUAUUUUCAUUAUGCCCUAUACAGAAUGUCGUCUGGAAUGAUCUGUUAACCAAAAAAGUCAAACCACCCUUUACUCCAACCAUUGUAAGUAUUACUUUCAUAUUCAAAACACCCUUUACACCAACUAUUGUAAGUAUUACUUUCAUAUUAAAACUAUCAUUAACACCAAUCAUUGUAUUACUUUCAAUCCAUCACCCUUUACACCAACCAUUGAACAUAUUACUUUCAUAUUCAAACCACCCUUUACACCAACCAUUGUAAGUAUUACUUUCAUAUUCAAAACACCCUUUACACCAACUAUUGUAAGUAUUACUUUCAUAUUAAAACGAUCCUUAUACACCAACCAUUAUAAGCAUUUCUUUCAUACAAAUUCUCUUUACAAGAUUUCAUGUUUACAAGUAUGUUUUAAUAAUUUUAGUUUGACUUAUUAUUAGUAACUGAGUGACAGUGCACCAAAAGUAGAACACAAAUGAGAAAUAUUGAAUGUCUUUUUUCAGUAGGUUGGGGGGGUGGGGGUUGUUGUGUGUGUGUUUAGGUGAUUAAUUAAUGCACUCAUUUCAUCAUUAUCUCUUUAUUCCAUCGUGCUUAUCCUGAUAUAUCUCUAUUUCAUCUAUCUUAUCCUCAUAUCUCUUUAUGUUCGUUAGAAAAACAUGGAGGAUGUGAGUAAUUUUGAUGAAGAGUUCACAUCGGAGCGAGCUGUAUUAACACCUCCAAAGGACAGGCGAGCUCUGAACUCUGCUGACCAGCGCCUCUUCCGGGACUUUGACUAUGUGGCUGGGUGGUGCUGAGAUUUGCUGGCCAACCUGUGUCCAGAAUGUAAAAAAUAUUCUCAAUGGAUGAAAUCUUUGUUGGAGUGUUCACAAUGUAAGGCGUGUUCUCACUGGAUGAAAACAUUACCCAAGGAGUGCCCUCUAGGACGUCUGGAUUUUCACCAUUGUAUUUUCUAAACGAAUGUUUCAACUCUGUUCAAAUUAGGUGUUUAUGUUUAACAAAUUGUCACCUUGCUUUUAUGUCACAUUUCAUUCCUGUCAUAUGGGCCAUACGUCACAGGUCAAAACAUGAUUUGAGUCUUAACAUGAAAUAUUUUUAGUUUACAAACUGCUAUGUCCGUCAUGUGAAAUUUUCCAAUUUUGUAUAUACCAAUUGUAAUAAUGCCAAAAAAUAAUAAUUGUACCUUGUAUAUGUCCUCAUUCAAGGAAUGUCUGGCAAUAUAUUGACAAGUUUUUAUAAAACUAUUCAAAAGUAUAUUUUGUGGUGAGAAACACUCUGGAGAAAACUGUCCAAUAAUUAUUGGUUAUAAAUGACUGUUAAAUAAAAUAAAAAUAGGCCAAAGUUAUUUUGGUAGUAUUUUAGAGCAAAAUUUGGACAGGGGUCACUUGUUGAUAUGUUCACUAUUUUAUUCUGUUGUCUGGCUUGUAAAUGGAACUUAAGCCUUUGACCAAGGGGGAGUAAUUGUUGGGUACAGCUGACUUUCUUUCUUUUUUUUUUUAAAGCGGGCACGACUGAAGUUAUUGUUUGGUACAACUGAUGUAAGCCAGCACAGCUCUGCCCAGUCUAUGGUCUUUCCAGUCUAUGAUCUGCCAAGUCUAUGGUCUUUCCAGUCUAUGGUCUGCCCAGUCUAUGGUCUGCCCAGUCUAUGGUCUUUCCAGUCUAUGGUCUGCCCAGUCUAUGGUCUGCCCAGUCUAUGGUCUGCCCAAUCUAUGGUCUGCCCAGUCUAUGGUCUGCCCAGUCUAUGGUCUGCCAAUUAAAUGUAGAUUUUGAAAACUGUUCAUUAAUGUAAUACAAAAACCAUUGUUACUGUUAUAUUGAGUUGAAAUGAAGCAAGUAAUAUUUUGUUAUGCUCAGG